AUGCUCCUCUCCUCCUCCGGGGCUGGGCAACGGCCGGGCGCAGAGGGCCUCUCUAGGCACCGACCGGAAGCGCCUCCUGGCCCGGCCGAAGAUUGCAGUUGCAGCCAAGGUUCCCCCCACCACCACCAAGAGUUCUGUGGCACCCGAAGGCUUUUCAGCUUCUCACUGUUGUAUUGUCUUCAGUGUUGUUGCCCUUUUCCAGCCCGGGUUUCUUUAUUGGGUCUCCUUUCCAGUUCUGAGGCGGUUCUCCUGAAGAAGGCUCUCCUGGCUAGAUCAGCCAUCGUCUGCUCAGCAUCUGAGGAACGCCAUCCUCUGGCAUGCAGAAUCCACACGUCCCCCAGGAGUUUGGCAGGUUCCAAGGCAGCCUCUCUGCACUGGACAGCCGAGCGAGCGGUCAGCGUCUUCUUGCUUGGGCUCCUUCCUGCGGCCUACCUGUACCCUGGACCGGCCGUGGACUACUCGCUGGCUGCGGCUCUCACGAUCCACGGCCACUGGGGCCUCGGCCAGGUUGUAACCGACUAUGUCCACGGAGAGACGUCCUUUAAGCUAGCCAGCGCCGGCCUCUACCUGCUGUCCGCCGUCACCUUUGCCGGCCUCUGCUACUUCAACUACCACGACGUGGGCAUCUGCAAGGCUGUGGCCAUGCUGUGGAAACUGUGAGACGCGACAUCCACCGGCGGCAAAAUGCAACGAUUGUCCACCGUUGCCUCGGCUUCACCACUGAAUAAGGGAGAAACAGCGACAGGGCGCUCUGCAUCGUAUACACUAGAAUGCAGGGGAGGGGGGAGGCUUCCAGAUGUGGCCUAGCAGCUGGAAGCUGCUCAAAAAAAUAUGGGGAAUCUCACCAGGAAAGGAAUUGGGCCUGAAACGGGUUAGAAGUGGGGAGGGGGGUGCUGCUGUCGCCGGGGUGGCGAAGCCAACUGUUCUCGCGCUCCGCAGCUCACUUUCCCCUGUCCCGUGUCCGCCUGGCUUCAACCGGUGCAGCGUAACUGAUCUUCAUUUUUUCGGUCUCGUGUUUCAGUCCUGAAGUUGCAAUGAGUGAAUUGUGUCCACGGCCUGUUGCGCUGGGUUCAGACUGGGCCCCAAACAAUUGUUGUGCAAAAGGGAAGCCUUUUUUGUUUUGUUUGCUUGUUUUUAAACUGCAUACAAUAAAGAAUUUACACAA